CAGUGCAGAGCUCACCUCUCCUGCCUGGAGCUCCAUUGCCUCCAGCCCAUCCUCUGCCAGACUUAGCAGCAAAAUGCAGCGGCUGUAUCUUCUCUGCCUCAGUCUCCUGUUGCUGGGACAGAUCCUGGAUGUGCACACCGGCAACAACGUGCUCGACUGCUGCCUGCGGACCAGCGAGGCGCCCAUCCCGCGGCGGAUCGUGCAGGAUUACCGGCUCCAGCUGGUGCAGGAUGGCUGUGACAUCCCUGCUGCCGUAUUCAUCACCACAAAGGGCAAGCGCCUCUGUGCACCCCUGGAUUCCCCAUGGGUGAUUCGUCUCCAAGAGAGACUGGAUGCCAGCUCUGCUAAGAGGGGCAAACCACAGGGCAAGUAGGUCCUGAAGAAGCCAUGGCUGGUCCCAACAGCUGGAGGGGACCAUCUCCCAGCUGUGAAUCUGAUGCUAAUGGAGCCAACCUGCUUCCACCUCCAACCUCAGGGCUGAUCCUCCUUGAGACUCAUGCCAGUGUGUGGGACAGGGCAGAGCCUUGUCUGCUCUGCCCUUUUCUCUCUGCCUCCAAUGUGACCCAGCAUCCUGUGUCAGACUGAGCCAGGGGCUGCUGGACUCCAUCACCUUUGCAGCCUGGAAGCUGUUUGAUGGACUGAUCUGGGAGGCGAGCUGGGGAUUCUCAGACUUCCCAUCAAUACAGCAGCUGUGACCUCCAGCUACAGCCUGAUCCCUUUGGUUUCCAUUGUCAGCCCCAACCUAGAGUGCUCCUGCAUCCCUGGGAAGGGCUGCAAAGAGUGGCGUGGGCUGGUGGUGGAGUAGCUGCCAAAUUUGUGAUUUGGGGUUGGAGGGGAGUGAUGGAGGUGUUCCACAAUGGCCAUACCUUGUACUGAUCCUUGCCAAGCACAACCCAGAUACCCUCAGAAAAUAUGUAGCUGAUGUCGUUCUUCUCUCACUCCUGAAUUCCCUGCACUGUUUCCCUCCUGCCCUUCCUUGCAAGGGUAGAAACAGAGCCACUAAUGCGGAGCAGGCAGAGAUGUGCUCUUAGCCCAUGCUCUUCUCUGGGACAUUGCACCCUUUCUCAGUCCCUCAGCCUGACACCACUGUCCAGCUCUGCCCCAUGCCCAUGCCUGGAGGUCAUGCUGCUCUCAGGUUAUUUGCUGCUAGAUCUGUUCAUUGCAACAAUUCCAUGUGUAUUCCUCUUCUUUACUCUCUCUCUUUUUUUUUUGUUGUUUAAUUGUGCUGUGAUUUUGUAAAAUAAAAAGAAAAGC